GAGUGUGAGGCGGGGAGGGCGAGGGUCGAAGAGGUGAAACGGUGGUUAUUCUUCGUUGGGGGGCUGUUGAGCGCGCAUGCGCAGAAGGGUCGCCAUGGCGAAGCGGUGGGCCGCCGCCGCCGCCACCGGCCUCCGCCGCUAUUGAUGUCCUCUUCCCGGCCGACGCUUGGGGCCAUGUCCCGGGGCUGCUGCCCUCACCUCCUGUGGGACGUCAGGAAGCGGAGCCUGGGGCUGGAGGAGCCUGGGCUGCUGAGGAGGCGGUACCUGGGAAGAAGAGAAUUUAUCCAAAGAUUAAAACUUGAAGCAACACUGAAUGUGCAUGAUGGCUGUGUGAAUACAAUUUGCUGGAAUGAUACGGGAGAAUAUAUUUUAUCUGGAUCUGAUGAUACUAAUCUUGUAAUUACUAAUCCAUUCAGUAGAAAGGUUUUAACAACCAUUCGAUCAGGACAUAGAGCAAAUAUUUUUAGUGCAAAAUUCUUACCAUGCACCAAUGAUAAGCAGAUUGUGUCCUGUUCUGGUGAUGGUGUCAUUUUUUAUACUAAUGUUGAACAAGAUGCUGAAACCAACAGACAGUGCCAAUUUACAUGCCACUAUGGAACUACUUAUGAGAUCAUGACAGUUCCAAAUGAUCCUUAUACAUUUUUGUCUUGUGGAGAAGAUGGCACUGUACGAUGGUUUGAUACUAGAAUCAAGACAAGUUGCACAAAAGAAGACUGUAAAGAUGACAUAUUAAUAAACUGUCGGAGGGCUGCCACUUCUGUAGCUAUAUGCCCUCCAAUACCAUAUUAUCUUGCAGUUGGUUGCUCUGAUAGUUCAGUAAGAAUAUAUGAUCGGCGAAUGCUUGGCACAAGAGCAACAGGUAAUUAUGCAGGCCGGGGUACUACAGGUUUGGUGGCACGUUUUGUUCCUCCUCAUCUUAACAACAAAUCCUGUAGAGUAACAUCUCUCUGCUACAGUGAAGAUGGACAAGAAAUUCUUGUCAGCUAUUCUUCAGACUACAUAUACUUGUUUGAUCCCAAGGAUGAUACAGCUAGAGAACUUAAAGUUCCUUCUUCAGAUGAGCGAAGAGAAGAAUUAAGGCAGCCACCUGUCAAACGUUUGCGAUUAAGAGGAGACUGGUCAGAUACUGGACCCAGAGCAAGACCUGAAAGUGAGAGAGAAAGAGAUGGUGAACAGAGCCCUAAUGUUUCAUUAAUGCAAAGGAUGUCUGACAUGUUGUCAAGAUGGUUUGAAGAAGCAAGUGAAGUUGCACAGAGCAACAGAGGAAGAGGACGAUCUCGUUCUAGAGGUGGAACUAGUAGAUCAGAUGUCACUGCUGCUGGCACUGUCUUGGCAAGUGCUGAAACAGAGGCCCAGAUGGAAGUAGAUGGUCCUGAACAGCUGCAGUCAUCAUCAUCUACAGUGUCAGCUCAAGCUCCCUCAACAUCUUCCUCAACAGAAAGUCCUCCUUCUACGUCCUUAUUGUCAUCUCCUGAUAACGAACAAAGACCUUCCUUGGAGACCCCUGCACCACCAACCCUCCAGCAAUCUGAAUUAAUGGCGCCUGAGUUAGCUAUACUCCGUAGGGGUCUGCAGCGACUGAGGCUUAAGAAGGCUGAACAGCAGAGACAGCGAGAGCUAGCUGAGGGUUCAGCACAACAGUCCUCCAGCUCUGAUCAGUCUUCCCCUAAGGGCUCCUCACAGGACCCUCAGCCUACAGAUGAUGAAAAGGCAAGUCCAAGGCCUGGAACUGGUGAACCUGUUUUAAGUUUACAUUACAGUACAGAAGGGACAACUACAAGCACAAUAAAAUUGGACUUCACCGAUGAAUGGAGCAGCACAGCUUCAAGUUCCAGAGGAAGUGGAAAUCACAAUAAAACUGAAGGACAGGAAGAAGCCCUAAGAACCCAGAGUUCUGAGGCACCAACACCAGAGAGUGAAGAAUCAAGAAUCCCUGAAGAAUCCCAAGAGGAAAAUGAUGAAGAAUUGCCAUCUGCACAUGAAAACAUAACACCACAUUCUGAUAUUGAUUUGUCUGACCAACCUGAAAGUAGUAUUGAAGAAGGAAAUUGUCCUCAUCUUGACAUAACCUCCCAAAUUCCAGGGGAAGGUUUGUCAAGCAAAGAUAUGGAAGAACAAGAAAACUUGAGUCAGCAAAGUACAGAGUCCACUGCCAACCCAAAUAAUACAAAUAAUGAACCUCAGUCCCAACCAGAUUCUUCAGGACUUGCUUCUCAUGAAGAAUCAUCUACAAGAAGCUCUGCUUUCCAAGAAACUGAUGAUAGUGAUGAUGACCCUGUCCUGAUACCUGGUGCACGAUUUCGUGGAGGAGUAGGGCAUAGAUAUAUCAGAGGAACAACAUUAAGUGAUAGAAUAAUGAGACGAUCUGCUGUUGCUCGCAUCCAGGAACUUUUCAGGCGAAGAAAAGAAAGAAAAGAGAUGGAGGAAUUGGAGACACUGAAUAUUAGACGCCCUUUAAUAAAAAUGGUGUAUAAGGGUCAUCGGAACUCCCGAACAAUGAUAAAAGAAGCAAAUUUCUGGGGUUCCAAUUUUGUUAUGAGUGGUUCUGAUUGUGGACAUAUCUUCAUUUGGGAUCGGCAUACUGCAGAGCAUCUGAUGCUGCUAGAAGCAGAUAACCAUGUAGUGAACUGUCUGCAGCCACAUCCAUUUGACCCAAUUCUAGCCUCAUCAGGUAUUGAUUAUGAUAUAAAAAUUUGGUCACCACUAGAAGAGUCCAAAAUUUUUAAUCGGAAACUUGCUGAUGAGGUUAUAAAUCGAAAUGAAUUAAUGCUGGAGGAAACCAGAAACACAAUCACCGUUCCAGCUUCUUUUAUGUUAAGGAUGUUGGCAUCUUUGAAUCAUAUAAGAGCAGACCGGCUGGAAGGUGACAGGUCUGAAGGGUCUGGGCAAGAGAACGAGAAUGAAGAUGAAGAGUAAUUGGCUCUUCUUUGAAAUCAUCUAGGCGUCAUGAAAUUUGUAUACGUCAUGAAUUAUAUUUUUCCUUACAAAGCUUUAGUGCAAUUUUAAGGUUUUGCUUUUGGGGUAACCUAACAUUUCGAUUUUGAAUGAAUGUGUGCAUGACUUGUGAGAGUGCAAGUAAAAUAAGCAAAACAUUUUUAAAAUGUUUUGUCACGUAUGAGGGGUGCUAGAAAAUGCGAAGUGCAAUAUUUUCCCUUAACUUGCAAACAUGGGAGCUUGGAUCGAUGUUUAAUAUAACUUACCUUAUAGAAAAAAACAUUGAUUCAAAUAAAUUUCUAUACCUGCUAUUUGCAUGUUUGUUGCUUUCUAUUAAAAGAUGUGGUUGUUUUA